UUUGCCGCGUUCUAAAAAAAUGAGUACUUUUCGAGAGAGAUCGUGAUCGAUCGAUCGAGAGAGAGAGAGAUGUUGGGAAUGCGGCGGCGAACGCCGCUGGAGCACUUGGAGCUGGAGAGAGCUUCGACGAAGAUGCCUAAAGAGGACGCUCUCUCCAUCUAUGAGUUGACACUUGCAAAGCUUCGGCAAGGUUCUCGGCGUGCAUUUGAGCCAUCGAUGAAAGCGUCAAGUCCUGAUAAUCUAUCGGCUUCUCCAGAUAAUCCUCAACAAAUCUGUGAUGAUCCUUCUACCAAAAAUUUGAAACUGAUUGAUAGCCAUUCCGGCGAGUGAUUUGAUCAAUUCGAAAAUUAUGUGAAGAAGAAUCCAUUGCCGUAAUAUCACCAGGAAGCGGUUUGUCUAUUAUCCAUCGUGUUGUAAGAUUUUAAUGUUGUUUAUUUUCAUUCUUGGCUGUUGUUAAUGUGUGUUUCGGAACUAGACUUAUUGUUUAAAUGCAACAGAUACACAAUUGGAUUGAA